AUGAAGACACGCCGUGUUUCCGGUUGCUGCAGAAAACUCGGUGACCCAACAGUGGAGGUUGUGGCAGGAUCGGCAGCAUGGCUAGGCAGAGGCCCUUCAUGUGUUUGUGCUCAGAGAAGAGAGACUAAUGAAUAUCGGAAAGAACUUGUAAAUCUGCUUUUGGAAGCUGUUCUCAUGAUCACAUCAGAUGGUUCUCUUUCUCAGGAAGCUAAUGAAUUACAAAGUGCAGCUGUAAAACUUGUUUCGCAACUCGCUCAAAUUUUUAGGUCAGCAGCUUAUAUCAAGGAUAUUUUAUUGGCAAUGCCUGCUAUAAGAAGACAGCAGCUCCAGAACCCGACGCCAGCGACAUCCUCACUUCCACCCUUAGUGAUAAAGUUACCUUCACAAACACAAGAAAAUAAAGAGAAAAAUCCCUCUCCAUUAGCUGCUCCAAAAGAGUCUGAUGACAUUACUGAGGAAGAGGAAGAAGAUGAUGAUUGGGAUGCUUUCCAGUCUUUUCCGACUUCCAAAAAUGAAGCUGUUCGAACUCCAGAAAGAGACUCCUUAGUUUCAGAUUACAGUAGUAUCGAAAAGGAUGUUAAAGGACACUCUACUUCCCUAUCUUUUAACAAGGUGGAAGAACUCGCUGUUGAAGAUGACGAUAUGUUUGAAGGAGAGAAUAACAGGUCUAAUCCAACCGAACUUCUUGGAGAAGAAUGGCUCAGAGAUGAUUUUGCUCUUCUUGUGGCUGUGCAAAUGGCUUUCCUUCUUGCUAUUCUCAUUGUACUGAACUUCUCCACUACUGCAACAAUAUUAGUAUCAGCUAUGUCUUAUAAAGACAAGACAUCAUCCAUGAAAGAUCUAUGUUUAAGGACACUUCGAACAUGGAAAAGGGCACUAAUAACAGAAUUCUAUACAAAACUUCAUGCAAUGGCUUACCUGUUCUUGGGUGUGGCAUUGACUGUUCUUUUAUUCAUGUCUGCUUUCAGCCGUCGUCUUGCUAGUUAUUUUUGCUUUGUUUGCUGUUUAUAUUUGCCCGUCGCCUGGAACUUGGCUAUUGUGGUAUCUAUAGUCGAGGAAGGUUGUGGAAUAGAGGCAUUGGGAAAAGCUACCUCAGCUAUUAAGGGCAAGGGCAAGAGAUUGCAUGGUUUAAUGCUAAACAUAUGCUUCAAUCUGCUGGAUUUGAUUCUGUUCCUUGCCUACGAUAUGAUGCCAGUGAAUUGGACCAUUAGUGGAUGGUUAUGGUGUUAUUCUUUUCUUUGGGAAAUUUUUUUCCAAACGUGGCAUAUACGGUAUUAUACUUCCUAUGUAAGAAGAGCUAUGGUGAAGAAAUUGAAUUAUACAGGAUCAUAA